AUGAAUCUGUCUGAGCUUGGAGAUGCUGCAGCCUUCCUCAGAAGAAAUACGGCUGACCCUCUGUUACAGUCCCCAGUCCUUGACGGGAAGAAGAGAUGCUGGGUUCAUGAUUGGAAGAAUGCUUAUAUUGAGGCUGAGGUUAAAGAAAAUGAUGCUGAUGGAAAAGUAAUUGUAGAGACCAGUGAUGGAGAGAGUCUGAGAAUUAAGGAAGACAAACUCCAACAGACGAACCCUGUACAGUUGGAAAUGGUUGAAGAUCUGUCCAUGCUGCUACACCUCAAUGAAGCCUCUGUGCUUCACACCCUGAGGAGACGUUUUGACCAGUGGAUGAUCUAUACAUAUUCAGGUGUCUUCUGCGUGGCUAUAAACCCUUACAAGUGGCUUCCAGUGUAUCAGAAAGAGGUCAUGGCUGCCUAUCAAAGGAAGAGGCGAUCUGAGGCUCCCCCUCACAUCUUUGCUGUUGCCGAUAGUGCCCUUCAGGAUAUGAUUCGCAGUGGAGAGAAUCAGUCCAUACUCUUCACAGGAGAAUCUGGUGCUGGGAAGACUGUCAACACCAAACUUACUAUUCAGUAUUUUGCUACGAUGGCAGCCAUAAGUGAGACCCAGAAAAAGUUGGGGAUUUCAGAAGAUUUAAUUGUACAAAUGAAUCCUGUCUUGGAAGCAUUUGGAAAUGCCAAAACUCUGAGAAAUGACAAUUCUUCUCGUUUUGGAAAACUCAUCAGGAUGCAUUUUGAUACAAGAGGCACACUGUCAUCUGCAGAUAUUCAGAUCUAUUUUCUAGAAAAAUCGCGGGUAGUUUAUCAGCAGCCAGGAGAGAGGAACUACCACAUCUUUUAUCAGAUUCUGUCUGGAAAACAAGAACUUCGGGACAUGCUCCUGGUAUCCACAGAUCCCUCCAACUUUCACAUUUGCUCCUGUGGAGAGGUUGCUGUGGAGAGCUUGGAAGACACUGAAGGAUUUUUGGCCACAGAAAAAGCCAUACACAUCUUGGGAUUUCUUCCCGAAGAGAAGUUUGAGUGCUAUAAGAUCAUUGGAGCCAUCAUGCACAUUGGAAACCUGAAAUUUAGACAGAAUUCCAGAGAAGAGGAACUGGAGGUUGAUGGCACAGAAAAUGCUGACAAAGCUGCUUCUCUCAUGGGCAUUCACUCUUCCGAGCUGGUAAAGGGCCUGAUCUACCCCAGGAUCAAAGUUAAUAAUGAGUAUGUUAUCAGAAGUCAAAAUGUCCAACAGGUAACCAAUGCAGUUGGUGCACUGUCUAAGUCAAUAUAUGAAAAGAUGUUUAAGUGGCUAGUGGCACGCAUGAACCAGUUCCUGGAUGCCAAGCUGCCAAGUCACUUCUUCAUUGCUAUUCUUGACAUCACUGGUUUCGAAAUACUUGAUUACAAUAGUCUUGAGCAACUCUGCAUCAAUCUUACCAAUGAAAAGUUGCAACAGUUCUUCAAUGAGUACAUGUUUAUUCUGGAGCAAGAAGAAUACAAGAAAGAAGGCCUUGAGUGGAUAGCCAUUGACUAUGGUCUGGAUUUUCAAGCCUGCAUAGAUCUCAUUGAGAAGCCCAUGGGCAUUCUUUCCAUCCUUGAAGAGGAAUGUAUGUUUUCUAAAGCCUCUGACAAGACUUUUGAGACCAAGCUCUUUGAUAACCAUUUUGGAAAGUCACCCUACUUCCAGAAACCUGCAUCUGCUGAGAAGAAAUAUGAAGUUCACUUUGAACUUGCUCAUUAUGCUGGAGUGGUCCCUUAUAAUAUCAGUGGUUGGCUUGAAAAGAACAAAGACAUUCUUAAUGAGACAGUGGUGGCUCUCCUUCAGAAGUCCUCCAAUAAAGUCCUGGCCAGUCUCUUUACAAACAACUUCCUUUCUGGCAGUGCUUCACAGUUUGGUGAGAAGGUCCACAGGAAAAAAGCAUCAUUCCAAUUGAUUUCAUCGCUGCACAAAGAAAACAUAAAUAAAUUGAUAACAGAUUUAAAAUCAACAACACCUCAUUUUGUGAGAUGUAUAAAUCCAAAUAUGAACAAAAUGCCAGGUGUAUUGGACCCUUUCUUGGUUCUCCAGCAGCUACGUAGUAAUGGUGUCUUGGAAGGGAUUAGAGUAUGCUGUGAAGGGUUUCCAGGUCGGAUGCUAUAUGACGACUUUAAGCAAAGGUACUGCAUUCUAAACCCAAGGAUAUUUUCAAAGAGUGAGUUUGUUAGCAGCAAGAAAGCAGCUGAAGAAAUACUUGGCUUCUUGGCGAUAGACCAUUCCCAGUACCAGUGUGGAGUCACCAAGGUGUUUUUAAAACUUAGCAUUCUGGACCAGUUGGAAGAAAGGAGAGAUGAAAAAAUUUCUAAACUCUUCACCUUAUUUCAAGCCAGAGCACGGGGAAAGCUGAUGCGUAUUACAUUCCAGAAGAUUCUAGAAGAAAGGGAUGCCCUUGUUUUAAUUCAAGAGAACAUAAGAACUUUUAUGGCUGUGAAGAACUGGCCCUGGAUGAGACUUUUCUUCAAGAUCAAGCCUCUUGCUAAGUCUGUGAGAGGUGGAGAGGAGAUAGCUGGACUAAAGGAGGAAUGUGCACAACUACAGAAAGUUUUGGAGAAUUUGGAAUCUCAGAGGGAGGAACUAAAAACAAAGCAAGUCUCCCUUGUCCAAGAAAAGAAUGAUCUACUUGUAAAGCUGCAGGCUAAACAAGAGACCCUAGCAAAUGCUGAGGAGCAGUGUGAGUCGCUGAUUAAAUCCAAGAUGCAGCUGGAGGACAGAGUCAAGGAGCUGUCUGGGCGGGUAGAAGAAGAAGAGGAGAUAAAUUCUGAGCUGACUGCCAAGGGGCAGAAACUGGAAGAUGAAUGUUCUGAGUUGAAGAAGGAAAUCUAUGACCUGGAAACAAUCUUGGCCAAGUCAGAGAAGGAAAAGUGUGCAGCAGAGCACAAGGUCAGGAUCCUGACUGAAGAAGUGCACUCUUCUAAUGAGGAAGUCAGCAAACUUACCAGAGCAGUGAGGGCUGCACAGGAGGCCCAGCAGCAGACCCAGGAUCAUCUGCACAUAGAGGAGGAGAAACUCAGCAACAUGAGUAAAGCGAGCCUGAAGCUGGGCCAACAAGUUGAUGCGUUGGAAGGCGCCCUUGAACGGGAGAGAAAAGCCAGAAUGAAGUGUGAGAGGGAGAAGCUCAAGCUGGAGGGGGAGCUAAAGAUGAACCAGGAGCAUACUGAGAACCUGGAGAGCAGCAGAUGGCAGUUGGCAGAACAGCUGCGGAAGAAAGAAUUUGAAAUGGGUCAGAUGAACUCAAAAGUGGAGACUGAGAAGAACUUGGUAUCUCAGCUUCAGAUGAUGGUGAAGGAGCUUCAGGCUCACAUAUUAAAUUUGAAAGAGGAACUGGAAAAUGAAAGGACCACCAGAGCCAAGGUAGAAAGAGAGAGAGUUGACCUCACUCAAGACUUAGAAGAUUUGAAGGAGAGGCUGGAAGAGGCCGGGGGGACCAGUUUGGCUCAGAUGGAGAUAACCAAGCAACAGGCGGCAAGAUUUCAAAAGCUUCGCCAUGACAUGGAAGAGACCACGAGACACUUUGAAGCAACCUCUGCCUCUUUGAAAAAGAGACAUGCAGAGAAUCUUGCUGAGCUUGCCGGCCAGGUAGAACAUUUACAGAAGGUGAGGCAGGUGCUAGAGCAAGAAAAGAGUGGUCUGAAGCUACAAGUGGAUGACCUCCUGAUCCGUGUUGAGCAGAUGGCCAGAGCAAAGGCAAAUACUGAGAAACUCUGUAGUGGGUACGAAAGGCGCCUGAAUGAAGCAAACACAAAACUGGAUGAGGUGACUCAGUUAGUAAAUGACCUGACAACACAGAAGACGAAGUUACAGGGUGAGAGCGGUGAGUUCUUAAAGAGACUGGAAGAGAAGGAGGCUCUGAUAAGUCAACUUUCCAGGGAGAAGAUUAACUUUACUCGGCAAAUUGAAGAACUGAGAGGGCAGCUAGAGGAGGAGACCAGGUCUCAGAAUGCCCUGGCCCAUGCAUUGCAAUCGGCCAAGCAUGACUAUGACCUUCUAAGGGAGCAGUAUGAGGAAGAACAAGAGGUCAAGACUGAGCUGCACCGGGUUCUCUCCAAAGGCAACAAGGAAACAGUGCAGUGGAGAAUGAAGUAUGAGCAUGAUGCGAUCCAGAGAACUGAAGACUUGGAGGAAGCCAAGAAGAAGCUGGCAAUCAGAUUGCAGGAGGCUGCAGAAACAAUGGAGGUGGCCAAUUCCAGGAACGCCUCCCUGGAGAGGGCCAGGCACAGGCUUCAGCUGGAGCUGGGGGAUGCCCUCUCUGACCUGGGGAAGGCCCGUUCUGUGGCAGCUACACUGGAGAAGAAGCAGCAGCAGUCAGACAAGGCCCUGGCUGCCUGGAAGCAGAAGCAGGAGGAAGCCCAGGCGCUGCUGCAGGCCUCUCAGAAGGAGGCCCGGGCUCUCAGCACCGAGGUCCUGAUGCUCAGGCAUGCCUGUGAGGAAAGCACUGAGGCCCAGGAGACGCUGAGGAGGCAGAACCAAGACCUUCAGGAACAGAUUUGCAGUCUCACAAACCAGGUGAGAGAAGGGAUUAAGAAUUUAUCUGAAAUGGAAAAGGCCAAGAAAUUGAUUGAACAAGAGAAGAAUGAAGCCCAAAUGACACUGGAAGAGACAGAGGGAGCCCAGGAGCGCAAUGAAAGCAAGAUCCUCCGUUUCCAGCUUGAACUCUCGGAAGCUAAGGCCGAGCUGGAAAGAAAGUUGUUGGAGAAAGAGGAAGAAACACAGAAGUUGAGGGAGAAGCAUCAGCAGGCUUUGACUUCCCUGCAGUCAGGUCUGGACUCUGAAGCUUUGGGUAGAAUUGAGGCCACCCAACUGAGGAAGAAGAUGGAAGGCGACCUUAAGGAGAUGGAGAUUCAGCUUUGUGCUGCCAACCGGCAGGUGUCACAGACAACUAGAGCCUUGGGCCAGCUUCAGGGUCAAAUGAAGGAGCUCCAAAAACAACUGGAUGACAGCAUAUACCAGAACAAGGACCUGAAGGAGCAGGUGUCUCUGGCUGAGCAGCGCAACACUCUUCUUCUGUCUGAACUAGAAGAACUGAGGUCCUUACAAGACCAGACAGAGCAAGGGUACAAGCUGUCAGAAAAAGAGCUCCUAGAAGCCACGGAAAAAAUCAAUCUUUUUCAUACCCAGAACACAGGUCUUCUCAGCCAGAAGAAGAAACUGGAGAAUGAUGUUGCUCAGAUGCAGAAGGAAGCUGAAGAGAUGCUGCAGAGGUGUCAAACGGCAGAACAAAAUGCCAGGAAGGCAGCUGCUGAGGCAGCCAACAUGUCAGAAGAACUGAAGAAAGAACAAGACACUAAUGCUCACUUGGAGAAGAUGAGGAAGAAUAUGGAGCAGACAAUUAAAGACUUGCAAAAAAGGCUGGAUGAAGUGGAACAGACAGCUGUGCUGGGGAGCAAAAAGGCAAUCCAGAAAUUGGAAUCCAGGGUGCGGGACCUGGAAGGGGAACUGGAGGGCGAAGUCAGACGCAGUGCAGAGGCCCAGCGGGAAGCUCGCAGACUGGAGCGAGGCAUCAAAGAGCUGACUUAUCAGGCAGAAGAAGAUAAGAAAAAUCUGAAUAGGAUGCAGGCUCUGUCUGAGAAACUUCAGCUGAAAGUGCAGAGUUACAAACAGCAAAUGGAAGCAGCGGAGGCUCAAGCUAAUCAAUACCUUUCCAAGUAUAGGAAACAGCAAUAUGAGCUGAACGAAGUCAAGGAGAGGGCAGAGGCAGCAGAAUCUCAGGUCAAUAAACUCAAAGCUAAAGCAAAGGAGUUUGAAAAAAAGGUAUGA